AGUGGAUGGGAUCCAAGUGUUCUUCCUAAUGCAAUCAUUCAAGCCGCCUUACCUAAAUAAAGCGGUAUAUUAUAUUAAUGUUCCCAGUGCUACAUAUAGCACAUAGGAGAGUUCAGCAGGGUAAAGACCACAGACACUGGUUUACAGAGAUGAAAAGAACAGACAUAAUCAGAUAGAUAAGCCAUCGUCAUUUUCUCGGGGUUUAUAUGUAGAAUAUAACAAGAGGACGAUACAGUACUGAAUUAGGUAUCAACCUAAUAGAUCCCUUCGGUCUUCCAACCAGGAUCUAUUGUUAAUUCAAUUCAAGUUUAUUUGUAUAGCGCUUUUUACAAUAGACAUUGUCUCAAAGCAGUUUUACAGAACAUAAACACAGAGCAGAAGGUAAAGUCUCCAAAGUCGAAGCUUUUUUAAGUGCAGGGGAGAUCGUGCUUUUUGUAUUGUUGCCCCCAGGCUCUCGAACGCCUUGCCACUGUCCAUUAGACAAGCCUCGUCUCUAAAUAUUUUUAAGUCCAGGCUUUUAUUUUCAAAAGCAUAUGGCUGAUGGGAUGUUUGUACGAUUGUACGAUGGAUGGAAUAAACAUUUUUCAUUUGAGUAAAAAUAAAAAAAAAUAUACCAACAUUUUCCAACAUUUUAUCUUAGUAGAUUUUACCUGCUUCUCCAGUACUGCUGUUGUUUCAGUUGCCAUUGAGUAGCCACUGGUGAUAAUUAUGGGAUGUGGCAUGACUUUACAGUACUAUUUUAAUACUCGUGUGUUCUUCCCAUUAACAUGGCUAUCUCUCUCACUCACUCACUCGGUAGCAUUUAUUUAUUUAUCCGUUUACUUUUUUCAUCUUUGUGCUUAUUCAGCACUCAUUCUUCUCGCGCUGUAUGCUCACUCAAUUCUCACUCUUUCAUUUUCCCUUCUGCUUGCUUUGGCCUGGACAGAGGCGGAAGGUAAAAUCUGAGGUAAAGCGCAGAAAGGUGGUGGAGCAGCUAAGUAAUAUAAAAGGAGAUGAGAAAGUAAUUUAUGAAUCAAAAGAAAAGGCUAAACGUUUUAGAGAGGCAGAUUUAGAGAAAGCAGGAUCCACAACAAAGUCAGUGGAAAAAAGACAGCAACAAGCCACCGAAGAAAAGUUUUACGCUCGAAUCACACAGGUGAAACACAUACCUGCGAAGUCUGACAGCAAAGUAGCAAGAAGCAAGCCAGUAGUUGUUCACAGCAAAUUACUGGACAACACCAUUGAGCAUGAUGUAAAAACAAGGAACAGCAGCGCUAUUAAUGCUGAGUAUAAUCAAGCACAGGUAGUAACCAAGAAGACCCAGUCAACCAAACGCAAGCACAACAUGGACACACAAAAGACAGAAAAAGAGCUUUCGCUGGACCCUGAAGCAGCAGCAGCCAGUUCAGCAAACAGCAUCAUUUCCCAUUCAGAGAACACAAUGCCAUACUCUCUCAUUGGAGUGACAUCGCUAACAGAAGACCUGCCAAUUGAGAGUCCUGUGCGUCUUCUGAAAGAUGUAGCCUCCAGCCGUUUCCUGUCCCGAGCAGCAUCCAUCAGCUCCUUGAAAACUAGUGGGCAGAGUUCAGACACUCUGGACGAACAGUCUCUUUCAAACGCUGCCUCGAUAUGUGAGGAUCCGGAGAGGAAUGUAAGCAAAAGGAUGGCGGUUACCAUUAAUGUAAAGCCGGUGCCUGCAACUUCAGAUGAGGAAACUGAGAGGAGCGUGUCUGAGUCUCACGCUGAGGAGAAAUCUGAAGAUAAAGCAGUCAAGAAGGAUGAGAUCUAUCACUUAUCACAGGAGGAAGAAGAGGAGGAUGAGAGUCAAGGGAUCACAGACAGUGAGAGAUUGGAGAAAGGAAUUGAGAAGAGCAGCAGUGUGGAAUCUGCCAAGGAAGCUAGUAAAAGUGUUGGUCAAGGAACAAAUGAUAACGAUGAAGAGCAAGUUGAGACGACUUGGAGAAACUCAAGUCAAGAUGAGGAGAGCGAAGGAGAGGAGAAAGAGGAGAAAAGUACGAUCGAAUCAGAGAAAGGAAAGGAGAGUGAGUGUGAGUUUGAGGAAGAAGGGAAAAGUCGGGUUACAGACGAACAAGAGGGUGAAGAAAUAAGUGAGGCUGUUGAGCAAGAAGAGGACAAAAGCAGAAUGAGCCGUGAUGAGGAAGAGAGCAGUAAAGAAACGAAUAGACAGAAACACAGUGUGCUAGAAGAGGGGGAAAGUGAGGAUGAGCAUAAAAGUUCUAAAUCUGAAAGCAUUCCUGGUGAAGGUGGUGAAAGUGAAGAUGAAGAAGCAGCAGAAGAAGAAAAGGAUAGUUCCAAAGAGGAGAAGGCAUCUGUCAGGAUAGGGAAAAACGAGUCAGAGGACGAAGAGCUAAGUGAAAAUGAAAAUGAGGUAGAGGCAGACACGAUAGAGGGUGGAAGUGAGAAAGAAGAACAAGAGGACGAGCAGGAAAGUGAAGAAGAAGAGAAAGCGAGUGAAGCAGGACAGGAAGACAGUGAGGAAGAAGGGGAAGAGAGUGAGGAAGAAGAGGAAGAGAGGGAAGUAGGAAAGGAAGAGAGUAAAGUAGGAAGUGAAGUUAGCGAGUCAGAAGUGGAAGAGAGUGAAGUAGGAAAUGUAGAGAGUGAGGACAAAGAGGAAGAGAGUGAAGCAGGAAAGGUAAUAAGUGAGGAAGAAGAUGGGGAGAGUGAAGCAGGCAAAAAUAAGAGUGAGGAGGAAGCGGAGAAUAGUGAGGAGGAAGAAGAGGAGGACAGUGAAACAGGACAGGAAGAGAGUGAGGAAGAAGAGGAAGAAUGUGAAGUACAAAAGGAAGAGAGUGAGGAAGAGAGUGAAGUAGGAAAUGAAGAUAACCCGGAAGGAAUGGAAGAGAGUGAAGUAGGAAAUGAAGAGAGUGAGGAGGAAAAGGAGAACAGUGAGGAGGAGGAAGAGGACAGUGAUGCAGCACAGGAAGAGAGUGAGGAAGAAGAAGACAGUGAAGCAGGACAGGAAGAGAGUGAAGAAGAAGAAGAAGGAGAAGAAGGAGAAGGAGAAGAAGAAGAAGAAGAAGAAGAAGAAGAAGAGGAGGGUGAAGCAGGACAGGAAGAGAGUGAAGAAGAAGAAGAAGAAGAAGAAGAGGAGGAGGAGGAGGAGAGUCAAGCAGGACAGGAAGAGAGUGAAGAAGAAGAAGAAGAAGAAGAAGAGGAGGAGGAGAGUCAAGCAGGACAGGAAGAAACUGAGGAGGAGGAGGAGGAGGAGGGUGAAGCAGGACAGGAAGAGAGUGAGGAAGAAGAAGAGAAGGGUGAAGCAGGACAGGAAGAGAGUGAGGAAGAAGAGAGUGAUGAAGAUGAGGAGGUAAGAAAAACAGGGAAAAAAGAGAGUGAUGAAGAAGAAGAAAAGGGACUGGAAAGAGAAACAGAAAAUGAAGAGGAAGAAAGUGGAGGAGAGGAAAAGGAGAGUGGUGAUAUAGAAGAAGAAGAUUCUGAUGCAGAGAAAGAUCUAGAAGGAACAGAGCAGGAAGAUGGCAGUGAAGGUGAAAAGGAAGAGGAGGAAGUAGGUGAGGAUGAAGAAGAUGCAGACCAAGAGGAGGAAGAUGUGGACGAAUUCACAGAGGACACAGCAGAUGAAGAAGAAGAACCUAAGAAAAAACGUAAAGGAAAUGAAAAGCCAUCGGUUAUGUCAAAGCAAACUAAAGCGAAGCAAGAGACCUCAAAGAGUAUAAAAGGACCAGCUAGAAGACACCAGUCAGGUUCUCAGGAGUCUCAGGAGCCUCGACAGUUCUGGGAUGAUGUCCUUCCUCAAUACCUCAACUUAAAAUAAAUUCGCUUCCACUCCCUCAGUAUGAACAUCAGACAUUGUUCCUGUCCAUGUGUUUCACUUUCCUCAGCCAUCUCACACAGAAAUAUCUAUAAUGCCUUAUAGAUCUUUAUGUACAUCAUCUUCAGCUGCUAUUAACAAAACAAUCUGUUUCUUUUGCUGCUUGUUCUCCACUUAUUUGUACUGAAACCCUCCUUAGGUAUUUCCUAAUCGGAAUAGGAUUUAUUUUUUAUUUUUAUUUUUUUUAACUAUUAUUCGAAUUUAUUCUUAAUCGUUACUCUUUGGUCAGUGCAAUGAUUUCUCACGUACUUAUGUAGGCUUUCUUUGCUGUGAAUCUUCUGUCUAUCUGUUGGAGUGAUUUUAAACAAUGGACUUUACUGCAAGUAAAUAAUACUAAUAACUGCAUUUGAGAAUGUGGCCGAUGUGGACAGACAAACUCCCGAAUGGUCAGAAACCCCAAGCGAUCAUGAGCAAG